AUGAAAGGUUGGGGAGACGAUUUAACAUGGGUUCAAACCUAUGGAGAAGGGCUAUUCAAGGCAAGGAAAAUGUAAUAAGAACCACUCGUAUUAAUAUUUUGCAUUAGAGAAGCAUAUUUAAAUCCCUCUAUGACAGUGAGAGCUGAUAUUGCAGGGAGGUACACAAACCGUCUCUAUACAUAUGAACCUCAAGACAUUCAACUAUUGAUUAGUAACAUGAAGAAAGCAAAACGUUUGCUAACAUCUGAGCAAUAAAGAAGAAGAGCAAUGCUACUUGUUCUAAUGUGAGAGAGAGGAAAGAGGGUUUUAUUUCCUUGUACAUACAAGUUAAUCUGAGUUACUGCUUCAUGCUGAUUAAUACUCAAAGUCAAUCUGCAAGAAUGUACGCAAUGCCUUAAUUUUCAUUUCUGGUA